AUGUUGCGUUCCGAGAAAUGGCACUCUGUCUGGCAAGUGUUGCGUAAGUACGCCUCUUUUAUAGGCCCGGGAAUCAUGGUUUCCGUGGCUUACAUGGACCCUGGAAACUAUUCUACCGCUGUUUCGUCUGGUGCCGCCUACCAAUACCAGCUUCUCGUCGUAGUGGUGAUGAGUAACAUUUUUGCAGUGAUUCUUCAGUGCUUGUGUAUCAAGCUAGGCACGGUGACAGGGUUAGAUCUUGCAGAAAUGUGCCGUUUGAGUCUCCCCUGGUGGCUCAACUUGACGCUUUACGUUUGUGCCGAGUUGGCCAUUAUUGCUACCGAUUUGGCCGAAGUUGUUGGCACUGCGAUUGCUUUGGAAAUUUUGUUCAACAUCCCGUUGGUCGCUGGUGUUUUCAUCACGGUUUUGGAUGUGCUUAUUGUGCUUAUGGCCUACCACAAAGAUGGAACAAUGAAGCAAACCAGAGCGUUUGAAGGUAUGGUUUCCGUUUUAGUCGCUGCGACGUGCGUUUGCUUCAUUUUAGAGCUCUUCAAAUGUGAUUACGCUCCUGGGUCUUUGGGGCUUAUCUUGAAAGGGUUUCUUCCUGUCAAUGGCGAAGUGUUCAAAGAGAAAAAUGCUCUUUUCUUGAGUUGUGGUAUUGUGGGAAGUACAGUUAUGCCUCAUUCUUUGUACUUGGGAUCUUCUCUUGUUCAAUCCCGUUUGAAGAAUUUCGACCUUCGCCACGGAAUUUUAUCACAAGAUACAAAUUCCGAUGGCGAGUACGAGUCGUCCCCUACCCCGUCUUCUUCUGAUCCAUUACCCAUGACCCACAGUAAGUUUCUUGCAAUUUCUGAUAGCACUAGCCUCCGCAGAAAAUACCGGCCUUCAUAUGCUGCGAUUAAGUACUGCUUGUCUUAUUCGUACACAGAGUUGGUGCUCUCGCUUUUCCUCAUUGCUGUCUUCGUUAACUCAGCCAUUUUGAUAGUUGCUGGUUCCACUUUGUACGGGAAGCCCGAUGCAGAAGAAGCUGAUUUGCUUUCUAUCUACCACAUGCUUUCAUACUAUAUUUCUCCCGCUGUUGGUCUCAUCUUUGCUCUCUCAAUGUUGUUCGCAGGGCAAAGCGCAGGUAUCGUUUGUACAAUGGCAGGCCAAAUCAUUUCCGAAGGAUUUAUCAACUGGUCGUUUAGGCCAUGGGUUCGUCGGAUUAUUACAAGAGUGUUGGCGAUUAUCCCUGUGGUUUUGGUGAUUUUAGCUUUGGGACGUGAAGGCGUUUCUACCAUUAUGAAUGCUUCCCAAGUUGUUUUGAGCUUUAUUCUUCCAAUAGUCAGCGCCCCACUUAUCUAUUUCACAUCUUCGAAAAAGUUUAUGACGGUGUACGACGUCAAACCUAGUACUCAGAACACAGAGUACACAACUCUCUUGCAAGAAACAACACAAGAACAAAACGAGUUUGGAAGCACGGAAAGAGCAACUUCUGACGUGUCAAGAAUCACUUUUGAAAACGGUUCUUGGUUACGUGGUGCAGCAAUCACAACUUGGGUGAUCAUCACAGCCUUGAACAUCUACUUGGUCUACCUUUUCUCCAUCGGCAUUGACGUGUAA